GCAGUGCUCUUGCGUCAUCAUCAUCGAUCGCUCGUCCCUCGAGCAUCUCAUGAAUCGAACACCAAGUUUUGAUCCAUGGGCUGUAGAAAUCGGGCUCCGUAGUCUAGAAGUUUUCUUAGGGCCUGAAUUAAUUGUUCAACAUUUGUGGAGAAUUUUGGAUCGGCGUAGUUCAAAUCCUUCCUGAAUCGAGUUGGAGCUGAAGCAUAGCCAUGGCGCAGCUUCCAAAUCUGGACAACGGGCCCGUGAAUCUAUCCAAUCUCAGGGAGCAAGCCCAAAGGGAGUUGGGGGAAGUACUUGAUUCUAUGCGAGGAAAGAAGGUGCUUGUGCUGGAUCCUCAGCUCAGUGGACCGCUUGCACUCAUUGCACAAACAUCUCUUCUUAAGGAACACGGAGUUGAGAACCUAUACUAUGUUGAUGCGGAUCCUGUACAAACAGAAUGCAAAAAUGUGAUUUACUUAGUAAGACCUCGUAUUCCACUGAUGAAACAAAUCGUGGCCCACAUAGAGCAAGACAAUGGUCGACAGCUUCAGAAAAGCUACUCCGUCAUUUUCAUGCCGCGGCGAACUAUUGUGUGUGAGAAGGUCUUAGAUGAGGUUAAAGCUGUGGGGAACGUGACCAUCAGAGAAUUUCCGCUUUACUUCAUCCCUUUCGACGAGGAUGUACUGUCUUUAGAACUUGAGCGUUCAUUCAAGGAAACCAAAGUGGAUGGAGAUACGAGUUCUUUAUGGUACAUGGCACGGGCAAUUACUAAACUUCAGGAGUUGUAUGGCGUGAUACCAAAUGUGAAAGGGAAAGGCAAGGCAGCUAGUCAAGUCUCGGACAUCCUUCUUCGCAUGCAACGGGAGCAGGCGCCUCCUCUUCCUGCAUCGGCGAAACCUCCUGAGAUAGACACUCUCAUCCUUAUUGAUCGUCAGGUUGACAUGGUUACACCCAUGUGCUCACAGUUGACAUACGAGGGCGUCAUUGAUGAGUUCAUACAGAUCAACAACGGAGCGGUGGAGGUGGAACCAAGCGUUAUGGGAGCUCCCCCUAGUAAUAAUGCGCAGGUCAGCACAAAGAAAGUAAAAGUGCCGCUAAACUCCAGCGACAAGCUUUACAGAGAGAUUCGAGAUCUCAACUUUGGAGUGGUUGGUCAGGUUUUGCGUCAAAAGGCUGUGAGCAUAAAACAAGAUUAUUCAGAUGUAACUGCUGCGGAUAAUCAGUCCAUCUCAGAUGUAAAAGACUUUGUGAAAAAGCUGAACGUUCUACCUGAAAUCACGAGACAUGUAAAUAUUGCUCAACAUCUAUCGAAGUUUACCACAAAACCAACAUUCUUGAGCAGACUGAGUAUGGAACAGACACUAGUGGAAGGCCAAAACUAUGAUGCGUCAUUUACUUAUGUGGAAGAGAUGAUUCAUAGGCAAGAACCAAUUGAAAGUGUUUUGCGCCUUCUUAUUUUGUUAUCGGUCACCAACAAUGGCCUUCCUAAGAAACAUUACGACUACCUCAGGAGAGAACUUUUGCAUAGCUAUGGAUUUGAGCACAUGUUUACUCUAAGCAAUUUAGAGAAAGCUGGCUUGCUCAUAAAACAAGAAGCAAAGAGUAAUUGGCAAGCUGUCAAAAAGGGCAUCAAUCUAGUUCCAGAAGAAAAUGAUGACAUCAACCCCAGCGAUAUAGCUUACGUCUUUUCAGGAUAUGCUCCAUUAAGCAUCCGCCUUGUGCAGUGGGCCCUUAGGGGUGAAUGGCAACAAUCAGAAUUUUUACGUUUGCUUCCAGGAGCAACCUUCGAGAGGUUUGAGAAGAACCAGGAAGUAAACAUUAUAAGGCGGGAGACAGUACCCUCAACAGACAGUGUACCAGGCACAGAUGCUCGUCGGCUUGUGAUUUUGGUCAUUUUCAUCGGAGGAGUUACCUUUGCAGAGAUCUCAGCACUUCGGUUUCUUGAGUCUCAGGAGGGAAUGAAGUACGACUUCAUUAUAGCAACCACAAAACUCGUCAACGGCACUACCUUGGUCAAAAGCCUUAUUGACGAUCCUUCGGCUUCAUGAUCGAUUACAACUUUUGAGAUUUGCAAGUGGAGUACGAAAGUCGUCUCACACCAACUUUUGUACCUAUUGUUUUCAAUGUUGGGAAGUACUAUUCGAAAUCAAGAUUGAGUAGGCGUUUCUAGUCUCUUGGGGUUUGAAUAGUAGCUGUGCAUCAUCUUAAUGUACAGUCUGACUCUUCCUCAUUAUUUAAAUUGUGUAUAGUGCAUCAUUCUUUGAUUUUUGUUUCUGCUUUUUAGAAACUUUGGGGAGUCCAGAGAGGGUUUGGUAUUACGCCAUCAAUGUCGAUGAUCCCUCAUCUACCACUGUUUAAUCUGGUAUUAUGACAAGUAAUCUAUGACAUUUUGCCUCAA